GCAUUUUCAACUCGUCAGCGUCAGAUGAGCGGAUGCAAAGUAGUGACACUCAACCACAAUGGAUGGCGAACCGAUGUCAUUCACCAGUCUGGCGCUGAUGUUACUAUUGUUAAUAGCAAUUGUAAUGUUUGCCUGCCAUUGUUUGGGGCCACACGCCAACACAUGGAUGCGAUCCAAUAAGGAAGAAAAGAUAGGACUAUCGAAAAAUAAACUUUUUCAUGCCAAUGGUUAUAUGAUCCAUUCCGGCUCAGAAUUUUUACUCAGCAACAGCGGCAGUUUUAAGCGUUUUGAUACUAUCGAUAAGGAUGACUACCGGCAGUCGGGUCAACAGCCCACCCAUCAUGCAACUACACCGCUUUGGAAUCUAGCUGGCGAGGGGGAAGUUGAUGCCAACAUACCACCACAGCCGUUAAGACCAGCACCAGCACCCGGCACACAGACGCCCGCCAGUGCGGGUCACAUAAAAACAGUCACUUUUUCAUUUGAACAAAUCAAUGAGACCACCACACCCACGAACAAUGGUGGCGGACACCGAUUUCUGGAACAAGUAAACUCGAAUAGUCGCGCCAGUAACAGUGAUAACGCAUCGAUGGUUUCUUGCAUGCGUUCUUCUAUGAAGACCACAAAUGCGCCAAUACCAAAACCAAUUGAAGCGCCACCACCGCCACGACUGUCUGCUGCCCCAUCGUCGGCCUUGAGCGCUACCGCCAUACCACGCCCGGUGGCUAAGCGGCAUGUGUCAUUGCAAAAUGUUGGCAUUGGUGCAGCUGCUACAGGUGGUCAUGUGGAUACAAUCAAAACUACAACAACAAUACAGGAAACUGAAGCUUUACCCACAACAACGACAACAGCUGCAACGACUGCGAAUGGCGAGCGUAGUCAUUUGAAGGCGUUGAAGCGUCGUAAUUCCAGCACAAAUCCCUUUCUUUGCGAAUCCGCGGAUAGCUUACCGGAAUCCAACACUGCCUUAUCAGCACAGCAAACAUCAGAGCAACAACAACAACAAAAACAACAACAGUUUAAUACACUUACAAAUAAGCAAAAUAGUUCUAACUACACCAACAGUAAUAUAAACAGUAAUAAUGGCGCCGCAAUCGACGUACGAACUGUACCAGCAGCCGCUACAACUACAAGCGACAGUGCCAUAAAUGGCAGCUGUAAUCCUUUCUACAGCGAGUUGACCAAUGCGCCUGAUGCGUUAACAGCGAACUCCAACAACACUGCACCAACUUCACUAAGCGCAAAAUCACUACAACAACAAUUCCAAGAAUUUCGCAAUCGUUCGUUUUCCACCACGGAAGCAACCGAAGACGCCGACUUAAGUUCGCUCUCAAGUGGAUUACGUCGAUUAACACAAAACUCAACGAACCCCUUCACCGGCUUGUCGCAACGCGUACAAAAGGGGCCACACAUGCUACAGAAAACCAUCUCGGAAGACUUCCUCUUCCGCAAACUGGGCGUAAGUACAGUUGGUGCACAGGCAGCAAAUUGCACGUCAGUUUUGAGUGGCAACGGCAACGGCAGCAGCAGCAUUAGUGGUAGUGGUAGUGGUAGUGGCAGUGGCAACACCACCUGGACCUUUGGCCGUUCAUUGCUGCGCCAAGAUUCUCUAAUGAGCCUUGGCCGACGCAACAGUUCACAAUGUUCACUCGACUCGACGGCGUGCGGUUCGCUGGAGGGCAUCAACUUGGAGCGUGCGAUCUCGUGUGACUCGGUGAACUCGGACACCUCGUCAGUAUUUGUGGGCGAAUUGGAUCAGCCAUAUACACAGAUAACGGGAUACCUGUGUGUCGGAUUGCAAUAUGACAAGUAUCUAUUAACAGUUCCGUGGCAGCAUUCAUUGCCAGCUCGCCAUCCCUGCCAUCCAUGCGGUUAUCAGGGAGGGACGCCCCUGUGUCCAGUGGUUCAUACAACGAUUAAAGAGCAUUUCUAUGCCAGCUGGGUAUUCAAAGAUUCUGUCACGCCUGGCUAUAAUGAAACCUUCAACUUUUGGCUAAAAAAACAGCAUGGACGACACUCGCUUUGGUUCCAUUUAUAUCACAAUGGUGAUGCGCACACGUUGAUCGGUGAAGCCGAAAUGGAAAUCGGUGAAAUGCCGCGCUCUGUCACCACAUGGAUACCACUAACCGAUUCACGCAAAUGUAAUGCACAGUGGGGCGAAUUAAUGUUCUCUCUAAGCUAUUUGCCCACAGCCGAACGCCUUACAAUUGUUAUAGUGAAAGCGCGAAAUUUAAAAAUGGAAAUAAAAGAAAGUGGUAAAAACGGCGCACCACAGGAGGUACAAAGCGUUUUCGUGAAGGUCUACUUGAUGAACAACGAGAAGAAAGUGCUUAAGAAACGCACCUCACUGAAACGUCGCGAUCGCUGCCCCAUCUUUAAUGAAUCGAUGAUUUUCAGUGUGCCACCGCCAAGCCUUACCACCGUACAGCUGCGUCUCACCGUUUUUGGUGUAACCGAUGCUGAGGAUGGCGCACCGCGUAUUGCGCCAAUUGGACAUGUGAUAGCCGGUGCCUGUGCCACGGGCAAGGGAUUGCGCCAUUGGCAUCAAAUGCUCUCCUCGCUACGCAAACCGGUGGCAAUGUGGCAUGUGCUGCGACGCGCCUCCUAUCAGCCGAUAUUUACCGGCGGCGCUGAGGCAGUUGUAGCCGCUAUGCAGAGCAACGCCUUACGUGCCAAGCGUAACAGUAUUAUUUAAAUGUUGUUAUUGUGAGCUAGUAAGAUUAUUUAUGUACUACGAACGAAUAACGCUGGUUGUAAGAAUCCCUACAUUUUAUUGCCGAUCAUAGUUUUUUCGGCGCCACUCAAUUAGAGAGUGGAUCGAAAAAGAAAAUCAGACCAAUCAAAUAUACUCAAUCUUUCCUAUUUAUUUAGCGCCCAAAUAUACUCCAAGCAAACUGGAUUUUUAACCGCAGACUCUUAGAUGCAUACAUACAUAUUUAUGUAAUUUUAGGAGUGUUGUAACCCAACAUAAGACUUGUACUACUUCAGUAUUGCAUUAAGCACUUUGUUAUACUUUUAUAGUGUCCACUUUAAACCUAAAGACUAACCCAUUCAAACCAAAUCCUCGCUUCCUCUGUCUCGCACUCACUCACUAACUUAUAUGCAAUCUAUAACUUAACACGCACGUGGUUUUUCCGCACAUACAUAUAUACGAAAUAUUCCUACUAUAUAGAAUCAGCACUCAACCUCACUAUUCUCAAAUUUACUACUAA